AUGAAGAUCCAAACAAUUGCUCGUCUUAUACAAUUUCAAAAAUGUUUUGUUCAAUUGGAUGAUCCAACAAAUUCAACGUUACCUUAUCAUUAUGAUACAUAUUAUUCAUCAUCAAUUAUUAUCGCAUCAUAUCUUGUUCGAAUCGAACCAUUUACACAAGUUUUUCUUCAUUUACAAAGUGAUCAUUUUGAUCGUUGCCGAUCGCAUGUUUUAUAA